GCAGCCUCAGGCCGGGGCCGCCGCCGCUGCAGCCGCUGCCCCUGCGGUGGCGGCGGAGGAGUCGUCGGAUAGCGAGCCGGAGCAAGAGCCCGGCUCUCCGCAGAAACUCAUUCGUAAGGUCUCCACGUCUGGGCAGAUCCGCCAGAAGACAGUCAUAAAAGAGGGCAUGCUCAUGAAACAGACCAGCUCAUUCCAGCGCUGGAAGAGACGAUACUUCAAGUUGCGAGGACGAACUCUGUACUACGCAAAAACUGCAAAGUCAAUCAUUUUUGAUGAAGUGGAUCUGACAGAUGCCAGCGUGGCAGAAUCCAGCACAAAAAAUGUCAACAACAGCUUCACGGUUAUUACUCCAUGUCGGAAGCUUAUCCUAUGUGCUGACAACCGAAAAGAAAUGGAAGACUGGAUUGCAGCACUGAAAACUGUACAGAACCGGGAACAUUUUGAAUCUACCCAGUACAGUAUGGACCAUUUCUCAGGGAUGCAUAACUGGUACGCCUGUUCACAUGCUCGGCCAACAUACUGCAAUGUGUGUCGGGAGGCAUUAUCUGGGGUUACAUCUCAUGGACUCUCCUGUGAAGUGUGCAAAUUUAAAGCCCACAAGCGAUGUGCUGUACGGGCAACCAAUAACUGCAAAUGGACAACUCUAGCAUCUAUUGGAAAGGAUAUAAUUGAGGAUGAAGAUGGGAUUUCAAUGCCACACCAGUGGCUUGAAGGAAACCUUCCUGUAAGUGCCAAGUGCACAGUGUGUGAUAAAACUUGUGGCAGUGUUCUACGCUUGCAAGACUGGCGUUGCCUCUGGUGCAAAGCUAUGGUACACACCUCAUGUAGAGACUUGUUACCAACCAAGUGCCCACUUGGCCUUUGUAAGGUAUCCGUUAUCCCCCCUACUGCUCUCAACAGCAUUGAUUCAGAUGGUUUCUGGAAAGCCACUUGUCCUCCAUCUUGCACAAGUCCUUUGCUGGUCUUUGUCAACUCAAAAAGCGGAGACAACCAGGGUGUAAAAUUCUUACGAAGAUUCAAACAACUGCUGAAUCCUGCACAGGUCUUUGAUCUCAUGAAUGGAGGACCUCACCUCGGUUUACGUUUAUUCCAGAAAUUCGACACAUUCCGAAUUCUAGUGUGUGGUGGAGAUGGAAGUGUUGGGUGGGUUCUCUCCGAAAUUGACAGCCUCAACCUCCACAAACAGUGUCAGUUGGGAGUGUUGCCUCUGGGCACAGGCAAUGACCUCGCUCGUGUGCUGGGCUGGGGAUCUGCAUGUGAUGAUGACACCCAACUGCCACAGAUACUGGAAAAGCUUGAAAGGGCCAGUACCAAAAUGCUUGACAGGUGGAGCAUCAUGGUGUACGAAACAAAACUCCCUCGUCAAGCAUCCACUUCUACAGUUGCUGAAGAUUUCAGUGAAGACUCCGAGGUGCAGCAGAUUCUCUUCUAUGAAGACUCCGUGGCUGCUCAUUUAUCUAAAAUCUUGACAUCUGACCAACACUCAGUGGUCAUCUCAUCAGCCAAGGUGCUCUGUGAGACUGUGAAAGAUUUUGUGGCUCGAGUUGGAAAGGCCUAUGAGAAAGCAACAGAAAGUUCUGAGGAGUCAGAAGUUAUGGCCAUAAAGUGUUCUGUUUUGAAAGAAAAGCUGGACUCUCUUUUGAAGACAUUGAAUGAAGAAUCUCAGGCUUCAACAUCUCUGCCAAACCCACCUCCUACCAUUGCUGAGGAGACAGAAGAUGGUGAAAGUUCUGGUAGUGUUUGUGAUUCUUCUAGCGAACGUUCCAUGGGGUCAUCAUGUACCAACCGUCCUCAGAUAUUUCGACCACGUGAGCAGUUAAUGCUGAGAGCAAACAGUCUAAAAAAAGCCAUUCGUCAGAUUAUAGAGCAUGCAGAAAAAGCUGUAGAUGAACAGAAUGCUCAAACUCAAGAACAAGAGAGCUUUAUCCUGGGCCUCUCCACCUCCGAAGAGGGGAAGGAGCUGAGGAAUGAGAAUAAAAUCUCCUUGCAGUCUUCACACACAGGCAAUUAUGGAUUUCCAAAAGGGAGAAGCCAUCGGAAAGUGAUCAAGCCUCCUUGUGAAAGAUUGAUAAGUAAAGGAGGUUUGUCAGUGGGAAGCUCUGCCUCUCUUCCUCCCCAGGCAGGAAUCCGGGACAAUCUGCCAAUGCUGAAUGCAAAGAUCCUUUAUCCCAAUAUUCGUGCUGGGAUAUCUGGCUCUCUACCUGGAGGGUCUGUUAUCAGCCGGUUAUUGAUCAAUGCAGACCCAUUUAACUCUGAGCCUGAAAAUCUUGACUGUUACAUAGAGAAAUGUGUAAUGAAUAACUACUUUGGAAUUGGAUUGGAUGCAAAAAUCUCUUUGGACUUCAACAACAAGCGUGAUGAGCACCCUGAAAAGUGCAGAAGUCGUACAAAGAACAUGAUGUGGUACGGAGUCCUUGGGACUAAAGAGCUGCUACACAGAACUUAUAAGAAUUUGGAACAGAAAGUUUUGCUAGAGUGUGAUGGGCGUCCGAUCCCUUUGCCUAGCCUUCAAGGAAUUGCUGUUCUCAAUAUCCCCAGCUAUGCAGGAGGGACCAACUUCUGGGGAGGCACCAAGGAAGAUGAUACAUUUACAGCUCCAUCUUUUGAUGACAAGAUUCUGGAAGUGGUAGCAGUGUUUGGUAGUAUGCAAAUGGCUGUCUCGCGUGUAAUUAACCUUCAGCAUCAUCGGAUUGCUCAGUGCCGGACAGUGAAGAUAGCAAUCCUGGGAGAUGAGGGGGUUCCUGUGCAAGUUGAUGGGGAGGCCUGGAUCCAACCACCAGGAUAUAUUUGGAUUGUGCAUAAAAACAGAGCACAGACAUUAACCCGCGAUAGGGCAUUUGAGAACACCCUAAAGUCCUGGGAGGAUAAACAAAAAUGUGAACUGCCCAGACCUCCCUCUUUCUCGCUGCACCCAGAGACUAUAUCUGAAGAAGAGUCCACUCAGAUCAAUCAGUUUUGCCAAGCAGCAGGAGCUCUGAUUCACAGCAUUCGGGAAAUAGCUCAGUCAUACCAGGAUAUGGAACAAGAACUUGCUCACGCAGUCAAUGCUAGCUCCAAAUCUAUGGACCAAGUGUAUGCCAAAUCCAAGUCUGCAGAGGGCCUGAAUUGCAACCUUGUUGUGGAAAUGAUGAAUAAUGUUAAAGCCUUGCAUAAUGAGACAGAACUGCUCCUGGCUGGCAAAAUGGCCCUGCAGCUGGAUCCUCCGCAAAAAGAACAGCUUCUAGCAGCACUGACAGAAAUGGAUUUUCAUAUGAGAAAGUUAGCAGAUAUUCCUUGGCUAUGGCAGCUCAUGGAGCCCAGUGAUGAAGAGAACCAGAUGUUAGACUAUUCAAAACGCAGCCGAAGUGGCAAGUUUCGUCUGGUAACAAAGUUUAAAAAGGAAAAGAACAAUAAGAACAAAGAGACUCGUGGCAGUCUGGGAUUGCCGGUUCAUCUCUGGGGAACGGAGGAGGUUGCGGCCUGGCUUGAGCAUCUCAGUCUUUGUGAGUAUAAGGAUAUCUUCAUCCGGCAUGACGUCCGGGGCUCUGAGCUCCUGCAUCUCGAACGGAGAGACCUCAAGGAUCUCGGAGUGACCAAAGUGGGCCAUAUGAAGAGGAUAUUACAUGGGAUCAAGGAACUGAGCAGGAAUAUUCCUGUCAGCGAGGCUUAACUUCUGUCUUCAGGGCCUGUAUCUACCAUUCCCGCUGAUGUCUACAAAACUGACACCUCAAGAAGCAGAUUUUCUCAUCAUUGUCUCUGUGGACCUGCUAAACACUCACCAGUGUUCAGAGCUCAUAUCUAACUUAUCAUGGUGCUUCCUUUCUGUUGUGAGGUACAGCACUAUCCGAUCAAGUGGCACCUUGCAUUCCAAAACCAGUGUUACUUUUGCCAUCAUGAGCCACCUCUUCCCCACCUUUACAUUGGAAUGGGGACUCUACAUGCAUGCUAGGCUCCUUCCAGCCAGUUCCAAUAAAACAGCCUGUAGAUCAGCAUAUGUUGUGCACAAGUGAACGUCCCAGCCAGCCACAGAAGCCAAUAUUUUAACUUAUCCUAUUUUCUGAGUAUUGCACCAAAUAUUGAGAGAUGAAACACCUGUUCAUAACACACGCAUACAAGACUAUAGAAAUGGGCUAUUGAGGUGAAAAGGAGUAGGGGGCAGUAUAAAAAAGUAAAUUCAAUAAAUGGUGUAUAUAUACAGUUUUUGUUCAAACCACCAAAUUGAUUAGAUAUUAGGAACUGAUUCUUCUCAGUUAGUGUCCUUUCCAUGGGACAGAGAGAUAAGUCCAGAGUCUUCUCCUCCCCCCCCCACUCCAAGGAUAUGACUUUAUCACUAAAUCUAAAGCUGUAUCGUCUUCUAUCUUGUAGAUCCCAAAGGAAUGGGACUGCACUUUGUUCUGGAGCCUUGCACCAAAUGCUUAGAACAUCAAGUGCCUAAAAGUAUUGAAACAUCCCAGAAGUGCAUCCAGGGCGGAAGAAUGAGCUUAUUCCUGUUGACAUUAGGUUGUUCAGUGAUUCAGUGAUAGCCUCUGAUUCUAACAAAUUAAAAAAAAUGAAUAGCAUUGGUAUUUAUGGAAAUACUUCUGUAGGAGGACCUACUGUUGAAGCUUGGGUCCUUCUGUGUGUAGGUUCAGGCAGAGUAUAAUAUUUAUUUUCUUUUCAUGAUAGUUUCUCAAAUUUUAUCAAGCCAGCACAUCAUUGUUUGAGAUCUACACACUUUUUUCUCUGUUUUAGGAGGACCUCUGCCAAAUUCUCUAUUAGUAUUAACUUGCCUGAAUUCUUCAAAAUGUGUCCUAAUUAUAAAUUACCCUUUGGCUUUGAAUCUAGUCUCGUUUCCUGCUGACGCUUCUUUUACAACAAAGGAUGACACAGUCUUGUUAAGAAAAACAGUAGUUGAAUCUGUAAUAUAAAUUGCUAUUUGUAGACUAAAAAAACAACAACACCCUUCUUUAAACCUGAGCCCUGGCUCUGUUCAGUUAUCACUGUGUGUAGAUAUAUUUAGCCUUAAUGGUACAGAUUACUUACAUUAUUUUGAAUUCCCCAUACAUAGUGGAGAAUUGUGAAUUUCAAAGCACAUGCUGUUAAACUAGGUUGCUUGCCCUCCAUGUGUUCAUUAUUAGGAUACUAACAAAAGUCUGUGCAACACUUGACAAUAGACCAUCAUAAUGAGAAGGUAGUAAAGAUUAUUCCUGCACUUUAUUAUUAGUGAUAACCAUAAAACAACCUCUCCCAUUUCCUGGUGAACACCUCAGGGAAAAAAAUCACUGUGUAAUAACUUUGGAGAAAGAUGCGGGGUGGGGGGAGUAUUUCUAGACCUUUAAUUGUGGAAGUAUUUCAGGGCAUGCUCUUGUGCAUCUCCCAAAAAUCUCAUGUGGAAUUGAUCAUUUUUCUCCUUGAUGGGUUUUGCCCCAAGCUUAGCUUUACUCUUUUUUUCUCUGUCUUGCAAUGAGGGGCCAUCAUCAUCUGAUAAUAUCUGCUGUUUACUAUGAGUUCUAAAUUGCGCAAUGAGAAGUCCUCAUAUAAGGAACUCCCUAAACCUGUAUCCUCCCUGGAACACAUUCCAACAUACUGCUUUUUAAAGAUCACUUGACAUCUUGGGCCUCCCAUUAGAAAGUGUUCCUUCUCUUUGUUGACCUAGAAAGUGAGUUGAACAACUUUGGAUUUAUAACAAGUGCUAAUUUAGUCCUAAGGCAUAUCCUAAGCAUAUUAUGUGCUACUGGGAGCAAGAUAGUCUAUUUUGUGGAACAUGUAUACUGUAAAAAAGAUGCAAGUACUACAGUGUGGCAAAGUGAACAUCUAACUAACUGCCAUAGAGUUGUGUGUCUGGAAUGUAGUAAUGUCAUUGGAACAUGCCUGCUGCUAAGUAAAGGUCAUUAAAAUGAUGUGGGGAAAGGCACACAAUUAACUCUGCCCUGGCAAGCUAUACAUUGCACCUUGGGGACUUCAGAAUUUCAAGCAUAUCUUUUAUGAUGGGACUUAAUGUAUGGUAUAAUUCUAUCUCCUGGACACCAAUCGUUUUAUAGCUUCGAAAUAUAUUUUGAAUUGGAAGAGAACCGUGUUCUUUUGGGGAGAAAGUAAAACAAUUUUGGAUGUCUUGUGCCCUUUCUAUUUGGCAGUACACUGGAAUAUUACCUGCUAAUACCUGCUAUAUUGGGUCCAUUGCAUUCCUUGGGGGUGUAGUAAAAGAAGAAAUUUACCCAAGAAAGUGCUAAUCCUAAACAACUUUAGAAAGAUGGAAUAACGUGUAGCAUGUGUUUCUUAAGUUGCCUUUAGUUCCCACCAAUAUCCACCUUCAGUUCAAUGCAGCUAAUAAAACACAUACAUGAACGUGCCAUGCAAUUUUAUGCAUGUUUACUUGGAAGUAAGUUCCACUGAAUUCAUUGAGUCUUAAUCCCAAGUAAGAAUGCUCGAAUUGCAGCCAAAGUUAUUUAUUACAUUUCAUUCUAGUAUAUAUAUUCACCUUGUUAGUCCGUGGAUGCUCAAGACAUAAAAAUGCCACUAGCUCUUGCAUCUCUAAUAGGAACUGUAAAGAGGCAUUGUACCUGUAUCUUGAAAAGCUCUGACCAUGUAUAUCAUACUAAAAUUGUUUGAGUAUUAUUUAAAAAUUAAUAUAGUAUGAGUGGUAAUUGAAAGACUGUUUACACAAAGCUCCUUGUAUUUUAACGGAUGUGUGAUGUAGAAAAAAAAAGUCAGAAUUUGUUUUUAUAAGUAAUUUGAUGUCUGUAUAGUUGCCCGUCAAUGACUGUUCCUCAGGGGUGUUGUAACCAUUCUGGUGAUCUGUCAAAAGCAUAGGGAAGAAUUUCAAUCCUGUACAGUCUAGGGAAGAAGGUUUUGUGCCUUAAGAAUGGGGCCUGCUAUUUAUUAUUUUAAUUUAUACAAUGAUAACUGUGGAAACACCUUAUAUGUACAUAUUUUGCAACUGGUGUAAAUACAUUUUUCUUGUAUAUAAA